GGGACGCAGCCGGGUGGCUCUGAAGGCCCGAGGAAGCUCUCGCACAGGUGCUUCCCACGUGGCUCUGGGAUUCUCUCUGGGAUGGAGGAGCGGAGGAAGAAGCGGAGCCCCAGGGGUCAGCCGGCACCCGCCAGGGCAUCACAGCUUCUGCCCACCAGCAAGAGCGCAUCCUUCGCCCUGCCGCUGCCCGCCCUGCCCUCACAGCAUGCCAGGCCUCGGCGGGCAAGCAAGGAGAGGGUGAGGGCCGGGGCAGCGCGGGGGGCCCCACUGCAGCACAGCUUCCUCACCGAGGUGUCCGACGUCUGUGAGAUGGAGGGCGGGCUGCUCGGCCUGCUCAGCGACUUCCACUCGGGCAAGCUGCAGGCCUUUGGGAAGGAGUGCUCCUUUGAGCAGCUGGAGCACGUGCGGGAGAUGCAGGAGAAGCUGGCACGGCUGCACUUCGGCCUGGAUUUGUGCAUGGAGGAGCUCCCGGAGGAGCAGAAGAAGGUGGUGGCUGACAGGAACCUGGACCAGCUGCUGGCACACCUGGAGGAGCUCAGCAGCUCCAUUCAGAAGCUGCACCUGGCGGAGAGCCCCAGCCCUGAGGAGGCCGCGGCCUGACGCACCGCCGGCUGCGGGGAGGCGGCCCCGCGGGAUGGGAGAGGACAGGACGGGACAGCAGCGCCCCCCCGGGCCCACCCUGCGGGGCCGACGGCGGUGACGUGCGGGUCACCGAGAAGGGGGUCACCGAACCUCCCCGCCCCGCCGCCAUUUUGGUUGGCCGCACACAGUGGUGCUGUGGCGUCGUCGGACGGCGCCGUGACGUCAUCGGACGGCGUCCUCCGUUGCUACGGAAGCGAUGGCGGCGGCCCCGGGCCCGCGGGAGGAGGCCGAGGAACGGCGGCGGCUGCUCCGCGCAGUGACCCGGCUGCAGGUGGGGCCGCGGGAGGGCCGGGCCGCGCUUCAUUAAAGCCGCACCUCGCUCC